AUGGCAACCGGAGCCCACAUCUCCUCUUCAGGAACAGAGGAUGCCAUGUUUGCAGAGUCAGGGAAACCAGCAGCGAAGUUGUGCAAGAGAGGCAGCUCUGAUAUGAUUAAGGGGAAUAGUGGGGAGAAAUGCUGGAGCUCCCAUUCUCACCCUGACUGCUGCUGGUUCAUUUCAGGUCGCCCAUCUCCAGCCCCUUCUGGCCAGCACAGAAACGGCAGCACCCCGAAUAUGCCCUUGGACCUAGAGGAGCAGCUGAGGAUCCGCCUGGUGAACGGGAGCAGUCGCUGCAGCGGGUAUGUGGAGGUUCUACUGGAGUCCUGGGAGCCUGUGUGUGCAGCGCAGUGGAACUGGGCUGCUACUGAGGCCGUGUGCAAUGCGCUGGACUGUGGAAAUUUGGAAAAGUUUACCUACCAGACGCCACCCACCUCUGAGCUUCCACCAGGAGCCACUUCAGGGAACACCAGUAGCUCCAGGAAUACGACGUGGGCACGGGCACCGACUGUGAGAUGCAACCAAACCUGCCAGGUGGAGGACCAGGAGUGCAGCAGCAACAGACAACUGGUGUGGGUCACCUGUGCAGAGAACCAGGCUGUGCGGUUAGUGGAUGGUGGCAGCCGCUGCGCUGGCCGCGUGGAGAUGCUAGAGCAUGGUGAAUGGGGAACAGUGUGCGAUGAUACCUGGGACCUGGAGGAUGCACACGUAGUGUGUAAGCAACUGAAGUGCGGCUGGGCAGUAAAGGCACUGGCAGGCUUGCACUUCACCCCAGGCCAAGGACCCAUCCACCGCGACCAGGUGAAUUGCUCUGGGACGGAGGCCUACCUGUGGGACUGCCCCGGGCGGCCUGGAGACCAGUACUGCGGUCACAAGGAGGACGCAGGAGUGGUGUGCUCAGAGCACCAGUCCUGGCGCCUGACUGGAGGCGUUGACUCCUGCGAAGGGCAAGUGGAAGUGCAUUUCCAGGGUAUCUGGAGCACCGUGUGUGACAGCGAGUGGUACUCAUCUGAGGCCAAAGUGCUCUGUCGGUCUUUGGGUUGCGGAUCAGCAGUGGAUUGGCCCAGGGGGCUGCCACACUCCCUGGCAGGCAGGAUGUACUAUUCCUGUAAAGGAGAGGAGCUCACACUCAGCGCCUGUUCCUGGCGAUUCAACAACUCUAACUUGUGCAGCCAGUCGCUGGCAGCCAGGGUUAUCUGCUCAGGCUCCCAAAGACAUCCCAAUCUGUCCACUUCUGAAGUGCCUUCCAGAGUUCCGGUCACCAUAGAAUCUUCUGUGCCGGUGAUCGUGAAGGACAAGGAUCCUCAAGAGCUGACACUUCUCAUUCCCUGUAUUGUCCUGGGAAUUCUCCUCCUUGUCUCCAUCAUCUUCAUAGCUAUUCUUCUUUUAAGAGCCAAAGGACAAUACGCCCUGCCUGCUUCAGUGAACAACCAGCAAUUGUCCACUGCCAACCAAGCAGGGAUCAAUAACUACCAUCCUGUCCCUAUCACCAUUGCCAAAGAAGCUCCUACGCUGUUCAUCCAGCCCCGGGUCCCUGAGGACUCGGACUCGAGUUCCGACUCCGACUAUGAACAUUAUGACUUCAGCUCCCAGCCGCCUGUGGCCUUGACCACCUUCUACAAUUCCCAGAGACACCGGGUCACAGAAGAGGAAGCUCAGCAGAACAGGUUUCAGAUGCCACCCUUGGAGGAAGGACUCGAAGAGUUGCACAUUUCCCACAUCCCAUCUGCUGACCCCAGGCCCUGCGUAGCAGAUGUCCCCUCUCUGGUCUCUCAGUACCACACGAGGAACAACAGUGAUUCAAGCACCUCCUCUGGGGAGGGUUACUGCAAUGAUCCCAGCAGCAAGCCACCUCCAUGGAGCUCACAGGUGUUUUCUUCUGAGAAGAGUCCCCUCACAGAGCAGCCCCCCAACUUGGAACUGGCUGGCUCUCAGGCAGUGUUUUCAGGGCCCUCAGCCGAUGACAGCUCCAGCACCUCAUCCGGAGAGUGGUACCAGAACUUCCAGCCACCGCCCCAGCAUCCUCCAGUGGAACAGUUUGAAUGUCCAGGACCCCCUGACUCCCAAACAGACUCCAUUGAUGAUGAGGAGGAAGACUACGAUGACAUCGGAGCAGCCUAG